CUUCUUGUGAUCAUCGCGUGACUUCACCCGCCCCACGCCGUGUGACACGACCGCCCACUUACACGCUACCGCCGAGAAGGAGUUGUGACAAGAGGAGGGGCAGGAGAAGAUGCGGCAGCUGUUCGAACCUCCGUCUCAACACAAACCCCCGACGUUCCUAAACGCCGUCUGCUGUAGCGUGGUUCCCCUGCUGCUAAUCGGAUGGAACCAGAUGUUUUUGAUACUGGGAAUCACUGGUAUGCCCGGUACCUGGUUGGACGUGCUUACGUUGGACCUCGGCUUGGACGACCUCCUUAAGGAAUCGAAGUCCUCCAUCACGAGCUUCAUCUCUUUAUUUGGGACGCUCCUCGCGUUCGUGCGGCCCACGAUUCCCGGAGACUCUCCCCGCUGGCUGCGCACUCUCUUGCCGUUGGUUGCAUGGGUGGUUUUCUCCGAUGAGGCCACGGUGACACCCGGCCAGCUGGUCGACGAUGGUAGCCCAGAGAGUUUCUUCUACGUGAACGGAAUCUGCACAACCCGCAGGAUGGCCCUGGCCACGGGCGCUGAGUUGAGCAAAAUGUUCAACAAGAACGUGACCGUGGUACACAACCCGACAGACUCUUUUGUUAUCGACAUCUUCGAGUGCGUAUUUGCAAAACUUUGGACCGGUCAGAGCUUCUCAACGAGUCGCCCGUGCGCCCUCCUAAUGGACAAGCUGCUGGAAGCUCUUCGAGACCCAACGAAAACCAAGGCAAGUUAUCUGGUGGUUCUCAUUGCACAUUCCCAAGGAACCAUCAUCGCAAGCGAUGCGCUUCGUCGACUUUGGACGGCUGUGGACAGGGGCGAGCUGACACACGACGAGAUGAAGAAACUGGAGAUUUACAACCUGGCCAACGCGGCCCACUGGAUGGACCAGACAGAGGACAGAGUCCCGUACAUCGAAUCCAUCUGCAACCAGCGCGACACCGUUGGUAUGCUAGGAGCCAACGCUCCUGAGAGUGUGAAACAGAGUUGGAACAUCAGAAUCGCCGGGCCGGUCGUCUACCCCACCACCAGCCGUUGGGGGCACAUGAUUAGUGCGCACUACCUGAAGCACCUCAAGAACGGCGACUACCCCGGCUCCAAGCUUCACACGUACAUGACCAAAGCCAAAGAGCCCGAGUAUAUCAUUGCUGCAUCUCACUAGCGGUAGUUAUACGCAACUGCUGUGUUCCACGCACAUUUCGGCGGCUUGAACGUGUGAGCAGCUACAGCUCUGAAGGUAGGCCAUCACUGGCUAGUAGUGUUGUAGGAGUAAUAGCAGCGCAGUUGGCAGGUGCAUCAGGUGUUCAUGUUUUGUAAGGUACUGCUGUAUGCUAUCGGCUUGGCGCAAUUUUGAAACUCUACCGGGGUCCCGUGACUUCGGGUCCAUCUAUCAAGGGGCAUGUUGGUUGCCGUUGUAUUGGUUUGUUUCGUGUCCCAUAUAUGAUCAUAAGUGCAUAUCCACACUGUACAUAUUGUUGGAGGUAGAGUAUAUUUCAUGGUUGAGAGGGGAUCGAUAAACAGUUCUGAGCGGUCUACUGUACCUUGGGCUGCUCCCGGGAUUCGACGAAGAAAACAAAAGCGCAUACUUCGUCGGGGGGUCGCGGUCAAUGUCGAGCAGCUGAAUAGUGGUAAGGAAGACCGAUUCGCAUGGAUGAUGGCUAGACUAAUCAAGCAUGUACUCGGGAAGGUGGCGUCUCAGGAACAAGAACAAUCUCGGACAAAUAUACAUGUUUUCCGGGGUGAGAGAGAGGUUGAGUCAUUCGUAAGCCCACCGAAAACCGGACGAAUCGUGAUUGUCCCACCGCAUUGUCUUCGCGAAGAUUGACGGGACUGAUUUCAUGUUUCCCGAUGGCCGUGGAGUUUUGUGGAGUUUUUAUUUCAUUGCUCUCGUCAUAUCAAGGUCGUAUCCGUACAAAAGUUUUGUUCACGUGGUGCGUGCAUGUGUAGUCUAGUGUGUAUCAAGAUCUUGAGUUUUGGACUUCGAACGGCCAAUCUGCUGCAUAUAUAUGUGAGUGAUCGUAUUGUGUGAGCGGCGACUUGUUCAACACUUCGUAGAAAACUCCGGUACUUGGGGUGAGACACUGCUUCUACUUCAAUAGAGCCUUGCAUUUUUAUCAAAAGAAAUGUGCAAGAAGUGUUUCUCAUGAUGGGGGGGGGGUGGAUGCUGCAGUGCCAAUGUACCAAACGGUACAAUGGACACUCCUUCACUUUUAUAAUGAUACCAGGGAGUAAGUCCAGGGUGCCGGUACAUGUAUGUCAUAUGCGCCACACACUGCGCACCAGGCACCCCCGCACACGCCGUGUGCGCGGAUUCUCCGCAAAAUGCGAGAUUUCAACCUGUACGUACGUAUAUUUCCUGUUUUCGGCAGCGGCCUGCGUACCCCCAGAGUUUCGGAGAUCGUCGACGAAGAUUCCAGCGGAGAGAGUGGCGCCAACAACCACCCGGCCCCUUCAAAAAAACAGCAGUGCUGCUGUGCACAGCUGUGUGUAGAGAGUGUGUGGCGCCGCGAGAACGAUGUCGGAUGGACCUCCUCCCCUAGUAGACUUCUCAUCAGAUGAAGAAGAGCUUGAACGCUGGCAACGCCGGAGGGUGCCUCCUGUAAUCGACAGCGGCAGGGAUUGCGACAACAGCAACCAACAACAACAGCAGAUGCCGCCCCUGGUGAACAACAACAAGGAUGAUGUCGUCGAGCAUGUCGAGGAGGUGCUUGCCGAGGAAACAUCGGAGGCGCCGGAACCGCCACGGAGAUACCCUCAAAGUCCUGACCUGAAUCUAAGCAGCAACCGGCAAGAGGCUGAGCACGAGGCUGUUGAAUUUUGCCUUGCUCGGAUGAAGCAGACCCAAAAUGGACUCCAGGCAUUUGAUCACGAGGAUUUCGCCAGGGUUUUGAACCAAGCAGCGUUGUUCACGCCAAGCCUGAAACCUCUUGUUGUCAUGCAAGAGGCGCAAGUGGACGCCUUUACAUCCGGGGAACACGAGAUGUCUCCUAUCAGUGGAUGGAUGUGGCGAGGGCGGAAAGGAAGCGGCGUGGUGAAGGGCGUCAAGGGCUUGGGGAUGCUCCAGCACCUCAGGGAUAGCCGGCUCAUUCCCUACCGCCUCGGGUGUAACUGCCUCUAUGAUCACCCGGCGCUCAAGCACUUGCU